GUUAUUCCUCGCUGCCGGACCGAAGGAUGCAGGCGAGCGGCGGGCACGGCGCGGCUCUUCCUCGCCCCGCCGCCGUCGGGCGGCCCCGCGGAGCAUCCUGAGCCCCGCGCGGAGCGGCAGCCGCACCCCCCGCCCUCCUCCUCUUCUUCCUCCUCCUCCUCCUCCUCGUCCUCGCAUCGCUCCUCCUGCUGCUGCAGCCGGGCCCGGGGCCGCCCCGGUGCCGAGCGGCCGCAGCCCCCCGCCGGGCCGGACGAUGCGGGGCGCUGGCGGCGGGGAGAGCCCCGCUGCCCGGACACAGGCGGCGAGCAGGGCCGGGGGAGCUGCGCCAGCCAUGGCGGUGUGAGCCCGGGCCGCCGAGCUGCGGCGAUGUGAGCCCGCACCUGCGAACCGGGACGCUUUUUUUUUUUUAAUUUUAUUGCAUUGCCUUCUUUUUUAUUAUUAUUUAUUUCUUCGCCGGCCUGGUGCUUUUUUAAUUUUUUUUUCUCCUUUGGGGCUGCUUUUCCUUCCCCUCUCCGCCAGCGGAGUUGGGGGGGGGGGGGGGGGGGAAGAAGAGGAAGAGGAGGAGUGCGAGCAGAAAUGCAGCGCGGCUCGCCCUGAGCCCGGGAGCGGAGCCGCGGCCAUGUGCGCGCCCGGGAGCCGCCGCGCUGGGGCCGGGGCCGGCCGCGGGCCGGGGGGGCUCUGACUCUUCCCCCCAACCCCUCGGAUCCUCCGCGCCCCCCCCCGCUCCCCCGAUUCGGCCCCAGCUGCCUCCGACGGACCUUUGCAAGCGGGGCGGCCGCCUCCCGGAUUUACAAGGCGCGGGGGCGCUGCCUGCCCGCCCGCCCACCCGGGGGGGUUCGCCGCCGACCCUCCCGCAGCGGGCUUUGCGCUCUCCGGGGACAGCAACCCCAUGGGCGGCGGGGUCCGGCGGCCGGCCAUGGUUGUUAGCCCGGGCUCCCUGCUCCGCCUGGCCGGCUGAGCCCUCCCCGCUGCCGGGACUCGGGGCCGCAGCGCGUUAAGCGGGGCUCCCCCGGCCCCCUUUCCCCCCCGGGGGCGAGGGGCGCAGCGCGCCCGGCCAGCCCCGGCGGCGCCCCCCGGAGCGGAGAGGAGCUGCUUUGGCGAGGCGCGGGGGGCCCAUGAGCGGCGAUGGCAGCGGCUAUCGCCAGCUCGUUGAUCCGGCAGAAGCGGCAGGCGAGGGAGUCCAACAGCGACCGGGUGUCCGCCUCCAAGCGCCGCUCCAGCCCCAGCAAGGACGGGCGCUCCCUGUGCGAGAGGCACGUUCUGGGGGUCUUCAGCAAAGUGCGCUUCUGCAGCGGCAGGAAAAGGCCGGUGAGGAGGAGACCGGAACCCCAGCUGAAAGGAAUUGUGACAAGGUUAUUCAGCCAGCAGGAAUACUUCCUGCAGAUGCACCCAGAUGGUACAAUUGAUGGGACCAAGGACGAAAACAGCGACUACACCCUUUUCAAUCUAAUCCCUGUGGGUCUUCGUGUGGUGGCAAUCCAAGGGGUGAAGGCAGGUCUGUACGUUGCCAUGAACGCUGAGGGAUAUCUCUACAGCUCAGAUGUUUUCACACCAGAGUGCAAAUUUAAAGAAUCUGUCUUUGAAAACUACUACGUUAUUUAUUCUUCCACGCUGUACCGGCAGCAAGAAUCCGGACGAGCGUGGUUCCUGGGACUCAAUAAAGAAGGUCAAAUUAUGAAGGGAAACCGGGUGAAAAAAACCAAACCCUCAUCACAUUUUGUACCCAAACCCAUUGAAGUGUGCAUGUACAGAGAGCCAUCGCUGCAUGAAAUUGGAGAAAAACAAGGACGCUCUAGAAAAAGUUCAGGGACACCAACCAUGAAUGGAGGCAAAGUUGUUAACCAAGACUCGACAUAGCUGACAAACACCCUCCCCACCUCCAGCUCCUCCCCUCCCACCCACCUUCCCACCCCACCUGGCGAAACCACACUGAGACGACGACAGCUGAGCAAGGCAGGACCUACCGGUAGUGGCUAGGAGUCCGAACUCAAGAAGCUUUCUUUGUGUAGGACGAGGAAACCGAACCCCAGAUCUUGCCUGUUGCAACGUUUUAAAACAAAACAAAAACACACACACACACAAAAAAA